CUUGGUCGUCGCUGGCUCCUUUUGUUCACAGGAAGAUUGGGGAAAGAUAAGGGUGAGUGAGAGUGCGGUGCGAUAGCUGCCCUAAAUCGAAAUCUUGAGAGAGGGAGAGUGCGGGAUCCGACAAUGGAAAUCGAUUCUCCCUCGAUGACUGAUGAAGAAAGGGAAAGGCGAUACAUUAGGUUUUUCGGCGAGGGGAUGGCAAAGCUGUGGGCUAUCCUGGACUCGCCAGGGGGGGCGCAGUUCUGGGGCAAACGCCUAGAGGGAUACGGCCUCGGCGUAUUACAACAAGCCAUGGAGGAAGCCAGCCGCCGGAAGGGAAAGGAACCGACCAAGGAGCCGCCGCCGCCGCGGGAGACGGAGAGGCACAAGAUCCAGCGGGAGGAGGAGCAGGGGAAUUCGCAGCCACCGCCGGAGCCGGAGCCGGGAAAGAUGGAGGAGGAAGCCAGCCGCCGGAAGGACCGGCGGGAGGAGGAGGAGCCGGAGCAGGUGCCGCCCAAGUGGGACAUGAUGGAGGAUGAGCCAGGGAGUUCGCUGCCGCAUCCACCGCCGGAGUGGGAGAAGAUACAGGGGGAGGAGGAUCAAGGGAAUUCGCAGCCCCCGCUGCUCCCGGAUCCGGAGCCGAUCCAGGGGGAGCAGGAGCCAGGGAGUUUGUCGCCGCAUCGACCGCCGGAGUGGGAGAUGAUCCAGUGGCAGCAGCAGGAGCCGAUCCGCUGGUUCGAGGAGGAGCCAAAUCAAGAGGAUUUGGAUUUGUACAUGCGGGUUAUGGAGGAGGACAACCCUGCGACCUCGAUCUACGGCACGUGGAUGCCUCGCCCUGCCUCCCCUUCCGUGACUCGCUCUACCUUCGAUCUCCCGCCGUACUACCAGGAUCCAGAUCCCGAGGCGCCGCACUACUUCGACGACAUGGCCGAGUUCUACCUGGAGGCGGCCCGCCGCCUCCCCAUCGCCCAGAUGCCGAAGCUCGCCCGCUACCUCUCCUUGGGCGGCCUCCUCCUCGGCUUGAACGAUCCGGUCACCAACAUCAUCGUCAACGCCAUCUACCUCAUGGGAAGUUCCAGAGCCUCUGACGUCCUGCCGGCCGGCGUAGACCCGGUGCGGCACGCCGCGGACAGGGCCUCGUAUGUCGACAUCGCGCGCAAGUCCCGCGCCGCACUCGUCACCUUCAUGACCUUCUACUUCCGCCACCUCACCCAGGACCAGGCCAAGCGCUAUCUAAGCGCUGCCAACCACGACCUCGUUCUUGCUAUCAGCCUCGUCGAGCAGCACCGCAAAGGCUCCUUAAGUAUUCAGUUUGAGGUACGGGAGGCGUGGCCGCACUGCAGCAGGACCAAGAUCGCUCUCAGGUAUGCCGCCCGUGCAGCCAUGCUGCUGCACGACCCCGAUGAUCUCGUGCGGGUUCUCACGUCCAGUUUCCCCUAUCACCUGCUCAACCCUGUCCUGAACAACCUCCGCCGAGAGGAAAAGGAACAGCUAAGCGUCGGAUGGGUCAACGACACCCUCAACUUGCUUCAACACCCAUGGUCACCACCGCAACCACCGCCGGCCCCUACUCCUGGCACCUUCCGAGACGCCGACGGGAAUGUGACCAUAAUCGUCAACAUCGGACAGGACCUCUUCUCCACGACCACCAUUACCAGAGACCAUGUCGCAACUCUCAAUAACGAAGGGAAUGGAAACGGCAACCUUGUCACCACAUCCACCAUCUCGAGGCAUCCAAGCAGCCAUGGCGACCAUGAUGAUGAUCACAAUGAUUUGGCGGGCUACAUCCAUCUGUUCACUGGAUCUAUAGAACCAGAGUUCGACUGCUUACUGUGCACCACCGAUGAGCAAUUGAGAUCAGAUAUGAACUUGGUCAUGAUGUGCCUCCUCGACGACAUACAUUCCUUCUACAUCGAGGCUCUCUCCAUGCUGCCGAGUGACCAUCGGCCCCGCCUCCUACACGCUCUCCUGGCAGCCGGGUACUGCUACGGCGUCAUGGACAACCCUGUGCACAACAUCAUCAUCAACUCCAUCUGGUACAGCUUACACUAUCCACUCCCAAAGGAUGAAACCGUCCAGAUCCAGUACACUUCCUCCAUGAGCCGUAUCGCGUCAUGUUCCUUACACGCCCUUAUUGCAAUCAUCCAAGAUGACGCUGCAACCAUCUCCAAGAAGAACGAUGCAGUGUCAGUGCUCGCACGUGGGGGUUGCUGUGUCGAUAUAAAAGGAUCCCGCCAAAUAGUUAAUGCUGCCCAUGCAACCAGGCACCCCCAGCCUUCUGUCCUCGUGGAAUUCAUGGAGUUGCUACUCCCUCUCAGAGGUCGUCUUUCAAGCUUGCUGACUCAUGAAUAUGGUGUCUCCAAUGCUGAUUUUGAAACGAUAUGCAACUUGAUUGAGACCUGCAAAGCACCAGUGCCAACGAUUUCGAAUCUGUGCCAACCAUCCUCGAUGGAUCCUGACUGCUGGGUGCAGGCUUAUGUUCAUAAAAAGCUGGAAGAACUGCUGCUCAACCAUGGCCGCAAAUAUCCGUUGGAACCACAGUACAAGCUUGGUAUCAUCUGUGGAGUGGCGUCAAAAAUAUGCUCCUCGUACCACAGAGGCACAACAUGCUACCAUGCAAACUUUUUUGCAAGCACUGGUGAUGCCCCUGCAUCGUCACCUGGUUGGAGCUUCUUCUUUGCCGAGUUCUGGAACAAAGUAGAUGAUGAUUUUGAACAAUCAACAAUGCCGCCGGUCUGCUGUCCAGUGCCACAUCUGGCUCGAGAAAUUACGUACUGUCGCUGCUUCAUUUGCGAGAGUGCUGCUGUUAGGAUUGUGCAUCCGUUUGAUGUCAACUAUUUCAUGGGCCAUGAAGUCUCCACUGAUUCACUCUGUGCUAUUGCGGAGCAUGAGGCUGCUCUUGAUGGAUUCAAAAUGGAAUUUGUCACUAAUCCUUCUGCAUGAGGAGAUCUGGUGCAGACGGAUCUAUACAUUGGCAUUGAGUGUGUGACCUGAAGUUUGAAGCCAAGGAUUGUGAUGCUGUUCCUGCUUUGUUUCUUGACAUGCUAUGGUGUAAGUGGCGGAUUGUGUUAGUGUUAUUUAUCUGCGAAAUGUAUGGACACUGUCUUACGUGGUCACGUUUAGUGUUAACUAUUGUAUUAUUGCCGUGGACUUGUGGUAUGUACUCAGUGUAUCAUGUAUGAGAGGCCGCAGUCAGUCAUAUCAACAUUUCUUACGUAAUGGCUGAGCUCAUGUUAUAUACUA